UCCACUGAGACCGGCUUCCCGGGCUGAGAAGCUUCGGAGGGGGUCGGCCAGCCGUACGCUCCCAAAGAGGAUGAGAAGGUGCAGGUGCUGCUAGCCAUGGCCAGUGAACAGGAGGCUCCAGGUGAAGUUCCUGCCUCCGGUAGUCUAGAAAUAGUGUCUGUUUCCGAAGAGGAGCUGCCCGUAGUGGAUAUCGCUUUCUCCUACUUCAGAUUUUUCCUAACGCAAGCAAAACAAACAAAAGUAGAUCCGCGGGAAAACCGAUCAGAAAACAGAGAAAAUGACGAAUCUUCCAAGUGCCAUCCCAUUAUCCCCAUGAAAUAUCUCAUCAUCAUCCUCCUUGUUGUCCUCAUUAUUGCUCUGGCGAUCGCUACCGGCCUGAUUGUCCACUACACUUGUCCCGGGAAGAUACAUUGCCAAUCCUCUUCAAUAUGUAUUCUCAAGACGAAACGUUGCGACGGCGUCUUCGACUGCCCAGACGGAGAUGACGAAUUGAGAUGUGUGAGGAUGAGUGGACGGAACGGGGUGCUGCAAGCCUACAUGACCGGCUCCUGGAGAACCCUCUGCUCUGACGGCUGGAAAGCGGUGUAUGGGAAUCUGACAUGUAAGCAAUUAGGGUUCUCCAGUUUUUUGAGCACUGCCUCGCUGCCGGUGGAUGCUAUUGAAGAACAGUUUAGACGAGAGUUUGUGUCCAUCACACAAUCGUCACAUUUUGAAGCCCAGGGAGCGUUACUGCAACAUGUUAUACAAGCAAGGGAACAAUGCUCCUCUGGAUAUGUCACUACCAUAAAGUGUCUCGUCUGUGGCAACCGUCCCAGUUACAGCUUGUCUACGCGUAUAGUGGGUGGGAACAUUUCUGCCGACGGACAGUGGCCCUGGCAAGCCAGCCUGACAUUCCAAGGCAUUCAUCUGUGUGGUGGCUCUCUGAUCAGCGCGCAGUGGAUAGUCACUGCAGCCCACUGCGUGUACGACUUGUAUUUUCCAGACUCAUGGAGUGUACAGGUGGGAUUGGUGAAUCAGCCUCUGGAGCCUCCGACCAACUCUGUCCUGGUGGAGAAGAUCAUCUACCACAGCAAAUACAAGUCUAGCUCCAUGACUAACGACAUAGCGCUGAUUAAACUGGCCACGCCCUUUACAUUCAGUGACUUAAUACAACCGAUCUGUCUUCCCAAUUAUGGAGAGCAUUUCCCAGAGGGUAAAAUCUGCUGGAUUUCAGGCUGGGGCGCCACGGAAGAAGGAGGUGACACGUCACAGACAAUGGACUAUGCCGGGGUCCCUCUCAUAUCGAAUAAAGUCUGCAAUACGAAAUACGUCUAUGGGGGUGUUAUAAAGCCAUCUAUGCUGUGUGCUGGCUUUCUAGAAGGUGGAGUAGAUACCUGUCAGGGGGACAGCGGUGGCCCUUUAGCUUGCGAAGACAGCAAAGUCUGGAAGCUGAUGGGGACCACGAGUUGGGGUGUUGGCUGUGCCAUGAGGUAUAAGCCCGGUGUGUACACUCGAAUAACGUCCUUCCUGGACUGGAUACACACGCAGAUGGAGAGAGAAGAGAGGAUGAAGAACUAGGAGUAACAAUCGGCCUGCAGUCACCAGCUAUAUAUUAUACCCUACUGUGUACAAGUGUGAAUGGACACAAGAACAGAGACACCCUCAGACCAUUACUCUG